AUGGAUCUUUAUGCAGAAUUAAAAGAAUGCAAACGUCAAAAGGAUGAUGGUGAAAUCGAUGAAAAAGAAUUUAACAAGCGAAGAAAAUUGAUAAUGAGCGAAUGGAAUAAACCAAAAGAAACCAAAAAAACUGAAGAUUCGCAUGUUGUUAACGAACCAAAGGCAACAGACUUGUAUGCUUUCCUUCAGCUAAAACCUGAUGCAACUGAGGCCGAAAUUAAAUCAAGCUACAAGAAACUUGCUCUGAAGUACCACCCUGACAAGAAUGGCGGUACUAGGACUGAAGAGUGGGAUACGUUUUCAAAGGCAUAUGAAAUCCUCUCGGAUGGUGAUAAACGCUUUCUUUAUGAUAACUACGGAACGACAAAUAAUUCCUUAGGUGGUAAGGCGUCAUUAAAUCACUGUUUAGGAGGAGAAUCUUGGCAACCCUAUAUCGGUGAAGUGGAACUUGGCCUCUGGCUGUACUCAUUUAUGGAUAAUAAGAACUCGCCUGAACUAGAAAACCUAAAUUCAGCUGAGCAAAAAGCUCGUCGUCACAAUAUUCGUCUAUCUAGCAUUACUAAUUAUCUACAAAACAAACUUUCUCAAUUUCCAAAAAAAGAUUCAGAGCAGUUCAAUUUAUUUGAAAAAACUCUGCAACAAGAAUCCCAAAUACUUAUCGCAGAACCUAAUGGCAAAGAGCUAUUAUCUUGUUUAGGCAAUAUCUACACGAUUAAGGCCAAUGCCUAUCUAUACGUGACCAAGUUGCGUGGUUAUUUAAAUACGGAUUCUAUAUUCAGUCUUCUUGUAUUUAUGGCGAAAAGCUUGGUUCCUGGCCUUGGUUUUACAAGAGGCUUUAGAUGCGUGAUUUCUAGUUUAACGGCAAAUAAAAUCAAAAGACUUGAAUUUACGAAAGGCGUGGUUUCUAGUUUCAUAGCAAUUAAAAGUAAAGGUGGAACUUCAAACAUGAGCCUAGAAGAGCUUUCACGAUCAGAAAUAUCCUCAAUUGUAGCUGAGAGCUGUGAUAAAAUUUUGACUAGUGACA